AUGGCUGCUAACGAGAGCACAGAACGUCCUUUAGAGGGUUUAACGGGGAGACCAAUCGGUUAUGACGAUGCCACAUGGAUUCUUACCAGCGCCUUCAUUGUUUUCACCAUGCAAUCUGGUUUUGGCCUUAUCGAGUCAGGUAUGUAUGCAACUAAAUUUAAUUAAGAGAAAACCGGCAGUACGACAAUCAAAUUUCUAUAACUGUAAACUCGGGCCUGUUUCUCGGAAAGUCUCCAUAGCGUUUCGGCCCUGGAAAGCUCUUUCUGUGUUUAUACUCCAAGGAUUCAAUAGUUUUGCAUAUUACAUGGUAAAACUAUCGACCAGCUCUUUCACGAUUUAGAGUUUAAAAUGAGGCUUGAUGCCUGCAAAAUUUUCCGGGUCUUUCGAGAAACAGGCCCAUAGAGCUAGAAAUGGGACGAAAACUUUCAAAGGUGUACGAAAGUUAUUUGUCUUUCUUCUAAGCACCUAUUAGCUGAAGAAAACGUAGAAAUACCACAUUAAAAACUUUCAUAUUUGUUGUUUGAGGGCUAUUUGUGUAUGCCUUCAUUUUCUUUUGAAAGUGAUUCGGUUUGGCUGCUUAUAAAUUUAGAUUUAGACUGAAAUUUGUGACAAUGACAUAAGCAAACAAUCAGAACCCAAUUUUGGUCGUUGAGUUAAUCCCGCUUCUUAUGAAAUGCUUGAUCAAGAGUUUUUUUUUUUCUUUUUGAAUCUGGAUUUUCUUGUCGGUAAUAUUCAAUUUCUUUAUUGUUUAGGUAUGGUCACGAUUAAAAACGAAACCAACAUUAUGGUAAAAAAUGCCAUCGAUAUCAUAUUCAGCGGCUUAUCGUUCUGGAUUUUCGGUUUUGGUUUGAGCUUCGGUAUCGACGAAGGCACGAAUGCUUUCUCGGGAGUCGGCUACUUUUUGACCGAAGUUCCCAUGGAUAAAGGACAGGUGUAUUCAAUGUACUUCUUCCAAAUGGCGCUAGCAUCAACAGCGACCACUAUCGUUUCCGGAGCAAUGGCGGAGCGGACAAACCUGAAAGCGUACAUGCUGUAUUCGUUUGUCAGCACUCUCACUACCUGUUUUCCAACUCACUGGAUUUGGGGAAAGAAUGGUUUGCUCAAGGAACUCGGGGUCAUUGAUAUUGCAGGAUGUGCCGGUGUGCAUCUGGUCGGAGGUGCCGCGGGUUUUGCAGCUGCCUUCAUGUUAGGGCCCAGGACGGGGCGCUUUGAAAAUGACAAGAAAAGGCCCCAGCCUUGCUCCAUGACUAAUGUUCUACUAGGGACCUUCAUGUUGUGGUGGGGAUGGCUUGGGUUUAACUGUGGAAGUACAUUUGGUAUUAGUGGAUGUAAGUGAAUAAUAAUAUAAACUUUCUGUGUUAGCUAUCGUUGAAACUUGAUUAAACGUCGAAAACAAUCUUGUUCUGUGAAGAAACGGGGGAGUUUAAAGACGGCCUCCAUAGGAAAAGAUCAAUUGCAUUUUAAGAAACGCGUCGACAAAUUGGAUUUUGCCAGUUAAACCCAAUCGAACAACGUCAUGUUUAUUUUAAAAAAAAGUUACAUUUUUAUUUGAACUUAAUCCUGUAAAAUUCUUUAUCUAGAAUUGGUAGAAAUAAUGUCGGGGAAUACACAAUCAUACUUAAUGUAUGUGCCUUUCAAUCUUUUCUUUUCAGCUAAAUGGAAGCUAGCUUCCCGGUCAGCGGUAGCAACGCUAAAUGGCUCAAUCGGUGGUGGUAUUCUUGCCAUAAUCUACAGCUACAUCAAAGAUGACGAGACACUCGAUGUGCCCAUAUUUGUCACUGGCAUCCGAGGGGGCCUGGUGUCAGUAACCGGGAUCUGUGCCCUUGCAAGGCCAUGGGAGGGACUGGUGAUAGGCUUUUUUGGAGGGCUUUUCGCGUGUUUGCUGUCGGACUUGAUGAUCAAGCUCAAGAUUGAUGAUCCCGUGAACUGCGUUGCCACUCAUGCUGGGUCAGCGGUAUGGGGUAUGAUUGCUGUUGCGCUGUUCGUUGAGCAGGAAAAAGAUGAAGGAUUCUCACAUGAGCAUGGACUGUUCAAGGUGUGAAUAUUUGCUAUUGAUUUGUACCAAUUUUGAUUCAAACUUUUGCGGCUCAUUGAUCACUUUAGUAACAAGAAGGAAACAGAGCAGAGUUAACUUUCGCAAAGACUUCUGGGACUGUCCCUGGGGACAGGGGAAUGGCCAAUGGCUAACCGGUGCAUUGCCAGUAACGAUCCCAGAAUCAAUUGCGGGACACAUUUCGGCUCCAGUCCCCUUCAGUUCUCGUUACUAAAGUGGCGAAUUAAACUUUAAAGCCAUUAGCAGAAUCGCAUCAACUGCUUUCUGGUGAAACUUUGACGCAGAAAAGAUACAAUCUUAGCGGUUUAACACAUUUUACUGUGCAAAUAUUCAAAGAUAUUUGCAUCAUGUCACAGCAAGAACGCUUUACUUGAAGAUCUCUUUCACGUGGUAAAAAGGUGUUUGCUUUUGUUGCGACAAAGCUGCGUACAACGUUGUUUGUACUAACUUUUCCCUUUUAACACAAAGGCGCAAAUUAACACUUGAUCAUUUUAUUUUGUCCCUUGCAGGGGGGUGGCUGGCGGUUGCUUGGAGUUCAACUUCUAGCUUGCGUGCUAACAGCCUCCUGGGCAGUCGUAACAACGGUAAUGCUACUGUUUGUCAUCGAGAAGACAAUUGGAAUACGGCUUACAGAAGAAGAGGAGAAGGAAGGCUGCGAUUUGGUGGAACAUGGAAUCGGAGAGGACAGCGAGGAUGAAGAUGUCGAGAAGAGCAAGCCGCAACGAAAGAGAGGCAAGGCCUUGUUUGCUGUGUUUGGAAGGAAGGCAACUAAUGAGGUAGAGGAAUUCCAUGCUGACGAUGAGGAAGAUCAAGAAGCAAAAGAAAUGAAGAGCAAAGGACCUUUUGUUGUGAAAAUGCCAGCGAUCGCUCGUAGCAUUCGACGCAAACGCAUCAGCAACAAUCACCACGACACUGGGGGGAGCACUGCAGCCAUUGUUACUGGCGAAGCAGACACAGUGGUAGAUAAGAAAUGUCAGCAAACGUCCAAUGGUAACAAGCAAGCGUUUUGGAUGAGACUACCAUCUAUUGCUCGGAACCUCCGGCGUAAACAGGAGAACAAACAAUGUUCUAACGAAGAACCAAAUGCCACCUGCAGUUCCUCCUCAACAGAUACACAUGGUCAAGACGAAACAAUGGAAACUGCGAGUAAACCCCGUCGCGCAACAAUUUCCGAACGAGCUGAUAGCGAAAUUUUACAAGCAUCCGAUGAUCUGCGGUCAAUCUUGAGUACAGAGUCAGAUAUCGAGGAAUUGGUUAAAGCCGAAAAAGUACAAAAACGUUAUCCCAUGUUUGACCAAAAACGAACUGAAGAAAAAUGUGUACAGGUUGCUUGUGAGCAUGGUGUGCUUAUAGAAAUGUAA